AUAACACUUCCUGCAGUUGUCAGGAGAACAUGGGCCAGAGAUAUAGGAAGCAAUUGAGGGCCUUUAUCGUGGAAACACAGGCUCAGGGAGCAGGAUUCCUGGCCAGCCGCGAGCCCAGCCUCGGAGCUGUCAGACGCCACAUGUCAGCAGCAGCAGCCGCCGUGCAGAGGGAGGACUGAGUGUCCCACACCAGGCAGCACAGAAGCAGAGAAACGUGCGUGCGUGUGAAGUUCAAACCAGACCCUUUCAGCUGGGUAGGAAUAAGCCCCCUGGAAGGCGAGGAUGGGAGCCGGGGGAGCCCUGCUGUGGUUACUGGGGGCUGCAUGGGCUGCGAUGGCUCCGGGACUUGGUUCCCACCUGAAAGGGAAGGACAGCCUUGACAGACCUCAGCACCAGGUGCAGCAUGGGCCCUGCAGCUACACCUUCCUGCUCCCAGAGCUUGGGGGCUGUUACCCCUCCGCUGCCGAAUACCAGGUCUCUAACUCGCUGCAGAGAGAUGCUCCUUCCGUGCCUGAGCCCAAGUGGCCAGCCAAGCGGCUCCAACAGCUGGAGAACAUCAUGGAAAACAACACACAGUGGCUGCAGAAGCUGGAGAGCUACAUCCAAGAGAAUGUGAAAAUGGAGCUUGCUGAGAUCCAGUUCCACACAGUGCAAAACCACACAGCUGCCAUACUGGAGAUCGGGAGCAGCCUCCUGAGCCAGACAGCUGAGCAGACCCGCAAGCUCACUGACGUGGAGACGCAGGUUCUCAAUCAGACCUCAAGGCUGGAGAUCCAGUUGCUGGAGAACUCUCUGUCCACUAACAAGCUGGAGAAACAGCUGCUGCUGCAGACCCAGGAAAUAAACAAGCUCCAGGAGAAGAACAGCUUUCUGGAGAAGAAAGUCCUGGAUGUGGAAGGCAAACAUGAGGAGGAGCUGCAAGGGAUCAAAGCCGAGAAGCUGGAGAUGCAGGGGCUGCUGUCCAGGCAAACCCAGCUCAUCCAAGAACUGGAGCAGCACCUCGCCACAGCCUCAGCCAACAACACGGUGCUGCAGAGACAGCAGGCGUCUCUCAUGGACACAGUGCACCAGCUCCUGAGCCUGGUUUCUCAGUGCAACCAAAUCUCCCCAGCCCCCAAGACGGAGCAGAACGUGUUCCGGGACUGCGGGGCUGCGUACAAAUUGGGCCUCACUGCCAGCGGAGUCUACACGCUGCACUUCCCCAAUGCCACAGCCACCACCAGGGUGUUCUGCGACAUGGAGACCAGCGGGGGAGGCUGGACUGUCAUCCAGCACCGGAAGGACGGCUCCGUGGACUUCCACCGCACCUGGAAGGAAUACAAAUACGGCUUUGGGUCCCCAUCUGGAGAAUACUGGCUGGGAAAUGACUUCAUCCACCGGCUCACCGCUCAGGGUUCCUAUUCCCUCCGAAUCCAGCUUCGGGACUGGGACAGCAACGAGGCCUACUCCCUCUACGGGUAUUUCCAUCUGGGCAGCGAGGAGCAGCUCUAUCGUGAGCAUCCUGCUGCCUCCAGGGUGGCCUGCACUCUGCAAACGAAAGAGACUAAGCACAUGCCCUUUGCUAAAACGCAGUGGAACCUCGGCCUCAGAGCUUUGAAAGCUGCUUUAAAUCCAGAAGCCAUGAUUUUCCAGUGGGUUCUGUGCUUGGCAGGCUAAUCCUGCUCUCCUGAGUUUCAGGUCUCUACGACGAAGGGCAGAAAUCUUAGUCUGUGCCUGAUCUACAGCCGGUGGAAAUCAGUGGGAGUCUCUCCAGUGGCCACACUGGGCUUUGGUUCUAAUUGAUCCCUCCAGUGAACACAAAUCAUGGUUACUGGAAUGGCCAUCGCAGCUCCACACCCGCUAAUGAAUGGGGAUCGGGGUUCCUGGCAGGAGACCAGGCUCGUUCUCCAUUUGUCCGAUCCAACAGCUUUUCCCCAAGCACUGAGAAUUUGGCUCUGGGAGUCCAAACCUGGUGAGACACACAGACAGCUUUUUCAGGAAUUUUAGAGGCAUUUUUAUCUUGGACGUUGGGGCAGCUUUGGGCUAUGCUGUGAAAUUCCAUCUGCAAACACCUAAGAGUCCUCACUACCCAGUUUGCUUUUCAUCAUCCUGGCAUGGCAGCUUGUGUACGUGUUUUGCCUUGAUGCUAUCUUUGUUUUAUGCCAUGGGAAGCAGGGCUUUUGACGAGUCCUUCUUGGCAAUCGGCCGCAGCAAAACACAAGGUCAUGGGUAACAACCCACAUCCAACAGCUGCCACAGCUCCAUGGCAGGUCCUUCACUCGACUCCUCGCAUUCCAUCCAGCUCCAGACAGGCUGGCCAAUGACAGCAUCAAAAGCAAGGCCAGCGGGUCCCUUUCCAAGCCCAGCACCCCAGAGUAGCCAUUACCACCCACGCAGCUCAGAUCACGCAGCGGCAGCACUGGGGGUUUUUACACUGUUAUUCCGUAGCUGGCCCAUGAGCAAGAAGGGGUCAUUGUCCAUCCGAGUGCCCCAUCCGUGGUCUCCACGGCUAGACACAGCCGCGACAGCUCCUUGGCUGCAGCAGCUGGAAGUGCAGGGAUGUCUCUUUUGAAAACCCGAAGCCACUGUUGCAUCUUGCUUUUGGAGCCCGGGGGGUGGCUGGAACUCUGCAGUAGGGCCCUGGGUCUCUCCCUGACCUGGCCGUUGGUCCAAACACAGUUGCAGCAGCAGGGGGUGCUCGGCUUCACAGCUGCGGCAAGUCACAACUCCUUGAUGCCUGCCGGCAAUAAUAUUUGUGUCUGUGCACGUCCAGGGUGAGAAGCUGGUUCUCUUACCUAUAAAGCCACCUGCUGCCUCAGCUAGUCAGGACACCAGGAGAACAAUAGACCCUGCGGGCCCUAGUGCCAAGCUAAAUCACCCCUGUCUCAGGCAGCGUAUUUUUGUGUAGAGCAGGCAGCCUUCCCUGAGAACGGGCAGUGACUGCACACGGCAAAUUGCUGAGGGGACUAUACUGGCAACUGCUUUGGAAACUCCUAUUCUCACCUACACGCACGGCUCUGGGGCCCUGAGGACAUCUGGCAUGACUCCAACCACCCACCUUUCCCCCGUCCCCGAGUCAGGGCCCUCCGGCAGAUCCCCCAGGCCAUCCCACUCCAGAGAGCCAGCAAAGGAGGCCAAGUGAGCUGUAGCUCACGAAAGCUUAUGCUCUAAUAAAUUUGUUAGUCUCUAAGGUGCCACAAGUACUGCUUUUCUUCAAGCACAGCUGGUGCGACAGGCACAGGGUGGGACCUGUCUCACAACAUCUGUCCCUUUGUGGAUUCUCCUGAGUUGGGAGGGAAUAGGGCAUUGCUGGCUCUGAUGCUGCUCAUGAAGUCAUAGCAGCUUUGGCCUGUCUCUCUCUGUGUUCAGGCAGCACCCAGUGCAAGGUGGGCAUAGAAAUGGGCAGUGCGAUGGGGCACUCACUGGUCGUCCCAUCAGGUGAUACGGCCUUUACGGUUUCAGGUGGUUGGACACACAAGGCCUGAGGAGAUAUAGGGAGAGAGGAAAAGGGUCCAGGGAAGAAGUAACAGUUAAAAGGGAUCCUGUUACUGGAACCUGGAGCCUUGCGGGGGGCAGCGCAGGGCUCCCUUCUCCCCCAGCUACCAAGGAAUGAGUUGAGAGAAGGGGCCAGUGUACACGCUGCCUCCACCUAGCACAGGGUAGGUGUCUGUAGACACUGGGCAGCUAGAAGGCUCCUGCAGGGCCCUGAGUUAGCAGGGAGAAGACAGCGGCAGGGGAAGGACUGUUUGGUAAAAGCGCCCCACUGGCGGAGAAGCUGGCGAAAAGCCCUGCGGCUGGCCUGAACCACAGCCCAGCCCCGAGCUGUGGAAAUUCCUGCCCUAGGGAGGGAAGCGGGAAGGACAGUUUGGAAGACGGCCUGGCAAGUGCCAGAGAAGCUGAGGACUGGAAGGCACUGAAGCCUCUGGGGUUUGCUCUCUUU